AUGGCGGAGAACUCGAUUUCUUUUAUAUUCUCAUUAUGGGCUGUCAGUCCUAGAAAAUAUGGGGGUUUGAGCUAUUCAACGGAUGAUGUAGGUGUAGUUCUUGCAAUCUCAGGUUUUGGGGUUUUGGUAUUCCAACUUUCUCUCUAUCCAUAUUUGGAGAAGCUUCUUGGGCCCAUCAUCAUCUGUCGCAUUGCCGGUGUUUUGUCUAUACCUCUGUUGGCAAUUUACCCUCUUAUAGCCAUGCUUUCUGGGUUCAGCCUCUCUUUGGCAUUGAAUUGUGCAUCGGCGAUGAAGAAUGUAUUAUCUGUGUCCAUUGGAACUGGCUUGAUUAUUCUGCAAAAUAGAGCUGUGGAGCAACACCAGAGAGGUGCUGCAAAUGGCAUCACUAUGACUACAAUGUCUCUUUUCAAAGCAGCAGGUCCUGCUGGAGGAGGUGUAAUCUUUUCUUGGGCACAAGGGCGUCAGAGAGCUGCCUUCUUCCCAGGUAUGAUUUUGUUGCUUUUAUAGGACCCUGAUUCUUAGAAGCAAGAGUAUAUAGAACGACCUUGUUUUAGACGAGUGUCAUAC